AUGGAACGCAACAGAAUCAUCACGAUAGAACCUGGAACAGUGUUUCCUACAAACAAGACGAUGAGAAUACACGCAUCAGGGAACCCUUUCUCCUGUACAUGCGACUUGAGUUGGUUUGUGGGGUGGCUACGUUCAGGCAAUGUCGAACUCAUCCAUCCUGAUGACACACUUUGCUCACUCUCUUCCAUCAAAGACAUGGUGCAAUCGCCAAUCCUUUCAUUCCAUCCUGAUCAAUACUGUGGCAUUAAUAUCCUCAUCACCACAGGUGUGUCCCUCUCUGCUGUUCUAGUAGCCAUCCUGUGCUUGGUGGCAUAUCGGAAACGUUGGUGGCUCAACUACAAGCUCUUCCUCCUAAAACUAGCCAUAUUUGGCUACGAGGAAAUCAACCAAGACUUUGAUGCCGAGGACUACGAGUACCAGCUCAACCUGAUGUACGAUGAGGAUGACCAGGAAUGGGUGGACCAGAUCAUGAAGCCAGUUCUGCAGGAGAGGUUUCCACAUCUCCAGAAAGUGGCCUUUGGCGAUGACAACCUCAACAUCGAGAUGUUCUACAUCCCAGCUCUCCACUACGUCGUUGAGAACAGCUUCAAGACUGUCCUCUUAAUAAGCAACAACUCUGUGGAUGAGGCCUGGUUUAUGACCAAGCUACGCAUAGCCCUAGAGCACCUCAAUGACACCAGACUGGACAAGGUCAUACUGGUUUUCCUUGAGGACAUCGAUGAUGAUGACCUUCCGUACCUGGUCCGGUUGUUCAUGAGUAAGAACAAACCCUACAUGCUGUGGACGGAGGAUGAAGAUGGUCAGGAACUCUUCUGGGCCCAGUUUGAAAAGAGCAUGAGAGCCAACAGGGUGAUCAAUAGUGUUAUUCCUGUUUGA